UAUUUUUAAUUCAUAUAAUCAAAUAUGUUACGGAAAAAGUUUCUCUUUCUUCCAUCUAUGCACAACAAGAACAACCCUUUCUCUCUCCUUUUUCCCUCACUUUCCAUCUCUUGGAUUUUCCUCUGUUUGGGAGAAUUCGAUUUCUGAACUGUCUUUUCUUUUCUUUUCUUUUCCUUUUCGUCUCAAAGGAAAGCAGGACUUGGAGCUUGCCAUCUCAGUAGGAACUUAAAAGGAAAAAGAAAAUGAAAAAUGGUGUGGGUUUCUUGAAUUUUCUCCAUCAUGACUUGUUGAUAAAGAUUCUUACAUCUUUAGAUGAUCCAUCUGAUCUUGUUCGCUUCAGUGCUGUCUCACUAUCCUGCCGACAUUUUGUGAUUACAAAUGGUCUAUGUAAGCGUCUGUGCCUGAGAAUGUUUCCUCAGUUAUCUAGAGUUGAUCAUGUCAAUGAGCUUGGUGGCACUGCAAAAAGGCAUGCUGAAGCUGGAUCCAGCAAUUUCAUGGAAUGGGAAGCUUUGGAGAGGGAGCACAGAGUUUAUGCCCUUUUAGCUCGAUAUUGUUUGUCAUCUGCUGUUGGGAACUGCAUCUCAGAAGCAAUCAUGGCUUCCAGCACCGAUAAUUAUCCACAGGAAAGCAUAGAUAAUACUUUGGAACCAAGAGAUAGAGUUGCAUGGAGAGCUUCAUACUGGUCAAGUAAAGGACAAAGGAACCCUGCAGCGCCUGAAAGGUUGACAUAUAAAUUGGUUGGUGAUUUGUGUGUUGUUACUGAAAUCAAGAUAAAACCUUUCCAAGCUUACUUCCACAUUGGUUACCCUAUAUAUUCUGCAAAAUCUGUGAGAUUUCGCAUGGGUCAUAUCAAGUCCUCCAUGGAAAAUCAUGUGGAUGACUCAUACCAGGAUUCUGGUAAUGACAAGUUUGUAUGGACUUACACCUCACAAGAGUUUCCCAUGGCUCAGGAAAACCAUUUGCAGUGUUUCAAGCUUCCCGACCCUAUUCUUUGCAUUGGUGGAAUAUUACAGAUUGAGCUGCUGGAGAGGGUCCAGGGUUGUUGGAAUGGCUUAUUCUAUAUAUGUGUGUCUAAUGUUCAAGCCAUGGGACGCCCAUUAUCUCCUGCUUUUGGUAUUCAGAUACUUGAACCCCCUGAAAAAUUUGUGCUUGAGGCACUGAGUCAUGCACAACCAACUUUACCUGAACAGACAAGCUCUGAAUCCAGUUUGCAGAUGCGUGUGAAAGACUUGGAGCAGAUUGUGAAUUCACUGCUGGCAUAUGUGGAUGAGGUUGAGGAAAAUGGAUUCGGAUGGGAUACUGAUACCGAAGAAUCGGAUGCGGAUGAGGAGGGAGAAGAUGGCAUAGAAUAAACAUCUGCUGUUUUUUCAUCCCUCAUUUUAACAGGUUAUAUGUAAACCUGAUAAUUCGUAUAUUUGUAAUAUAUUUUACAUGAAAUUAGUUAUCACAAUUUGUAUCGAUACAUAAACACUAA